CAGCAUCCCUUCCAUCUGUGCUUUCAGCCUUCUCACACCAUGAAAACGAGUUGAGAUACCUCCUGCUCACUGUAUGUUCUGACUUGGCUUCUUUAGAAACUUGUAUUGUUUUUAAUUCACACCUUUCUGUUUUUAUUUCUAUCUUGAAGGAUACAAUAUGGGACAAGAUAUUUAUUUCAUUACAAGAAGUAAAUCUCGGCCCCACUGGAGGCACAUGGUCACUUGGGCCUGUGUAGCUCUGCUGUCAGUACUGUGGACCCCUGCAUCGUGUCAAAUCGACCUUGAAUACAACCACAACAGUUUAGAUGACAGCCCUCUCUGCCCAAAUAUAAGAGUUGGACAAGAUGACCUACCAGGCUUUGACCUGAUAAGCCAAUUCCAGCUGGACGUUGUACCGUUCAAGGGAGUGAGAAAGGUGGAAGGCUCGACAGCAUUGCAAGUGGCUUACAGACUCGAUAAAGAUGCUGGCUUUCAAAUUCCUACGAGGAUAAUCUACCCGCAUGGUUUGCCUGAGGAGUAUUCCUUUGUGACCACGUUCCGCAUGGUGAAGAACACCAUCCAUAAAGUAUGGAACGUAUGGCAGCUGGUGGACCAGGACGGCUACAAGCAGGUGGGGCUGCGGCUCAAUGGAGACCAGCAGGGGGUCGAGUUCUUCCUGGUGGGCAUGGAUGGCAAUCUGCAAGUGGUCACCUUCCCAGGGGUAUCCCGACUUUUCAACACAGAGUGGCACAAAGUGCUGGUGGGAGUGGAGCGCGAUCAGGUGACCCUCUACCUGGACUGCCAGCCUAUUGGAUCCAAGCCCAUUAAGACCAAAGGUACGGUCAAUACUGAGGGGGAGACUCUCAUCGGAAGGCUGGAUGCAGAUCCUGAUACCUCUGUAGUGUUUGAACUGCAGUGGAUGCUGAUACACUGCGACCCCCAUAGGGCCCAGAGAGAAUCAUGCUCUGAGUUACCCAUGCAAGAGAGAAUUAUUCCCAAUGCUGAGCCUGACCCCAGAGGUCCAAGGCCUGUCCCAGGUCCCCCAGGUCCCCCGGGCCCUCAGGGGCCCCCUGGAGACCCUGGAGAAGAUGGGAUGGAUGGGAAGAAUGGUGUCCCUGGCCUUCCUGGAACACCUGGUCUACCUGGUCUGAAAGGAGAUAGAGGAGAGGUUGGACUCCCUGGACUGAGAGGACUGCCUGGUCUUCCUGGAGUUCAUGGAAUGCAAGGGUUCUUGGGCCCUAGAGGUCCUGUCGGAGAACGGGGAUUACCUGGCUCUCCUGGUCCCCCUGGCCCUCCUGGACCUGAAUCAGUGGGACCUGCAGGACCUCCUGGGAAACCUGGUGAAGUUGGGGAUCCUGGCAAUCUUGGACCUGAGGGACCGAUGGGACCAAAAGGCAAUGCUGGUCCCCCAGGUCCACCCGGGCCUGCGGGACCCCCUGGAGUUUUCACAGGAGAUGGGAGUGGAGAUUUUUGUCCAACAGCUUGUCCUGCUGGUCCUCAAGGCAAUCCUGGAGCAGCAGGCCUGAAGGGCCACAAAGGUCAGAUGGGCGAACCAGGGGAGCCAGGAAAGGAUGGCCAAAAGGGAGAUUCUGGGUUACCUGGUCCACAGGGCCUGACUGGUGCUAGUGGGAGUGAGGGAGCUAGAGGGUUGAGAGGAUUUCCUGGUAAUGCUGGAGACAAAGGAGACAGGGGUCCUCCAGGCUUUAAUGGGAUUCCAGGCCCUACUGGACCAUCAGGCCCGGUUGGACAACAAGGACCAAGAGGAACCCAGGGUUUAGAAGGCCCCAAAGGAGAUGAAGGUCCAGCGGGUCGCAAUGGAGAAGAUGGUGCUCCAGGGCGCAAGGGGGAAGUUGGUCCCCCUGGAAAAGAUGGAAAAGAUGGACAGCCUGGAGAUGAUGGGAAGAGGGGAGAACCUGGGAUGCCAGGCCUCGUGGGUCCUAGGGGUCUUCUUGGAUUACAACCAGACCUCUCAACUCCCACGUGGUUGCUGCUCUGUGUAAAGAAAUGGGUGCAGACUAUUAAGGGCUUCUUCUCCAUUCUGAAGUUCGCUGGCUUUCCCAUGGAUCUCUAUUGUGAAGAGUGUUUGACUUCCCAGCAGAGAUAA